GUAAAAUUAAACGUGAUUAGAAACUGUGGCUCCGAAAUGGUGUUGGACGGAGUUAAGUGUGAAAAAUAUUUAUAAAACCGAACUAUGUUGACUCUUAUCGAAAUCGAAAGACUUUUGGCAAAAAAAAUAGCUUACACGUACUAUAAAACCCUCUGAAACUGUGUUGGAUCAAAUACCAAAUAUAGGCUCAAGAACUAGUUGCUCAUAGGUUCACGGUAGUUCAAUCAUGAAUCCUUCAAAGAUCAAAGAUAUAGCUGUUAUCGGUGCAGGUCCGUGUGGAGCAGGAUUCACAAAAGCUUUACUCGCUGAAAAUGCUUUCUCCAAGAUCAAAGUUUAUGAACGUCGUGAGAAGUUUGGUGGACUAUGGAACUAUACACAAUUGAAGUCAAAAUGCAAAGAACAAGUUGUCAAAAUACCUUCAAUCAACCCGAAUGAAUCUGUUACAAAGAUAAAUGCUGAAGGUGAAUCAUUUUUCGAAUCACCUGUUUACAAAUACCUUGAUGCAAAUGUUCCUAAAGAUUUGAUGGCUUAUAAUAAUUUCCCAUUUGAUGAUAAUGUACCACUAUUCCCACGUCAUGAUCAAAUUUUGAAUUAUAUUGAGAGGUAUUCUAAAGAAAUCACAGAUAAUGUCAGUUUUAAUGAGGAGGUCACAAGUGUGAAAUUUAUCAAGGAAAUUAAAAAGUGGCAGGUUAUUUCCAACUCUUUGAAAAACCAGGAAAAGACAACUGAACUUUAUGAUGCUGUUGCAAUUGCCACAGGAUCUUAUGACAAACCUAUGAUUCCAGAUGUCCCAGGGUUGAAAGAGUGGUCAGAAAAAUACCCUAGCUCAGUACUACACGCAAAGAGCUAUGAUGAACCUGCACAAUUUUUGAAAGAUGGAACCAUAUUAGUUGUUGGUAAUUCUGCUUCAGGUGCCGAUAUUGCUUACCAAUUAGCCACUGGACUGGAUAGAACCAUUUACAAGUCAAUUAGAUCUGAAAACCCUUUACCAGCUGGUAAAGAUGACAGAAUUAAAGAUGUUCCAGAUUUAUCAAGCUUUGACCCAAUUUCAAAGACAGUUCAUUUCAAAGAUGGAUCCAAGUUGGAAAAUGUUGAUAGAAUAAUAUUUGCAACAGGUUACUUGAAAUCAAUUCCAUUCAUCAAAGAUGAACCAUUAAUCACUGAUGGACAAAAAGUUCAUGGUUUAUACAAGCAUUUAAUUUAUUAUAAUAACCCAACUUUGGCGGUUAUUGGUCUUCCAAGAUUUGUCCUACCAACAAGAUUAGCUGAAACACAAGGAUGUUGGCUGGCAAGAAUCUGGUCAGGAAGAAUUGAGCUGCCGCCAUUAGAAGAAAUGAUUAAGUUUGACAAAUCAAUAACUUGUGAAGAUCGGAAAUAUCAUGAUUUGAAUUACCCAAAAGAUGUCGACUAUUCAAACGAGCUAAACGAGCAAGUGAAGAAAGCAAUUGGUGAUUAUGGUUAUUUUGCAGUUCAUUGGGAUGAAGAGCAGACCAAGAUUAGAUCAGCUAUCAAACAGAUCAAAGAAGGCUACAUCAAAUACAUGAAGGAUAAAGGUAGACCAGCUUAUUCUUUGAAAGAAUUGGAGGAUGCCAAAUAUUUUGAAUACCCAGAUCCUGAAGCUGAAGAUAAAUAG